UUUUACUUUGAAACUUUGAAACUUUUACAAUACGAAACGAAGAAAUAUGAAUGAAUAAAGUUAUACGUCUCAGUGCUAUUAUGAUUUGUCUUUCCAUUGGUGAUUUUGCGAAACAGACAAAACAUUUCAUCUACAAGCAAUAAAUUAACGUAAAGUAACGUUAGUAAUUUCCAAAUAUUAAGUGCUAAGAAUAAUACAAGAAGGCACAAAAUGAAAGGAAGUCAAGAACGAAAUCAAGAUCCUUUGGAAAGAGCAAAACGAACGCGUACUAACGCCAAAUCGCGAGUGGAUCAUUUCAUUGGAUGCAAGCAACACAAAUUACAAAGGAAUGUUUGAAAGACUCCUAAAUUAUUUACUACGAGAAAAACGAGUAAUCGAAUAUACCGAACACGAAUUGCGAACGAACAAAACAAGAACAGUACAUCAAGCUACGCUAAAUCAUCAGGAUCAGCCUUCUACUUCGUAUGCAAACGGAAAUCAGUACGCUACAUAUACAUCAGCUCAUGAAAAUAAUAAGUAUGGCACAUCGAUCGUGGACAAAAAAUGGUGUUGGAUUCACAGGACAACGGGGCAUUCCAUAGACCAAUGUAAACAAUUUCUUCAAAUGGCCCUACCAGACAGAUUCACUGCCGCGAGAGAAGCUGGUGCGUGCUUCAAUUGCUUACAAACUACCAGACAUAUUGCCAUCAAUUGUAACGCGCCAAAGCAGUGCAGUAUCGUACAAGCAGGCCAAAAAUGCGGGAAAAGACAUCACGAUUUAUUACAUGACGAUCGCAAUAAUGACAAAAACAAAGGACAAAACUCCGAAAGUUACAAUGUUCAAGCGAGAGAAGGUCAACCAGUUGUAGCCGUCAACGUCGUACAGUGUCAAAAUCAAGCAAUAAACGUUAUGUGGGAUUCCCGCUCAAACAUCUCUCUCAUUACCCACCGUGCGGCCGCCCGACUCGGCUUGCGGGGUCAACCGAUAAAUUUAUCAAUCGUGAAGGUGGGAAAUGACACCACCUCAUUAACAAGUCAAGAAUAUAAUGUUCCUCUUGCCGAUUUGGAAGGGAAAAUUUGGUCAGUAACCGCAUUCGGUAUCGAUGAAAUCACUGCUAAUAUCCAUCAAGUCAACAUUGAACAUAUCAAGAAGAAUUUUCCAGACAUUGAUAUCAUGGAAAUUAUCCGACCCGAGGGAAAGAUUGAUAUGCUGAUCGGGGUAGAUUCCUGCGUAAUUAUGCCCAAUGUUAUCAGAACAAUCGGCAAUAGUCAGCUUUUGGCAAUAGUCCCAACAACGUAACAACUGCGAUGGCGAAACUUCGCUCUACAGAAAACCGUCUCUUUAAAUUAGGAUACGAACACCAAACGGCGUAUCAACAACAAAUGAAGGAUAUGGAGAAUCGAGGCGUCGCCAAGAAACUAUCUGAAGAAGAAAUAGAAGUAUACGACGGACCAAUUCAUUACAUCCAUCAUCACGAAGUCAUGAAACCAAAAUCAUUAUCUACGCCUAUUCGCAUUGUGUCCAAUUCAUCCGCAUCUUACAUGGGUCACGCAUUGAAUCAAUACUGGGCCAAGGGACCAGACUUUAUUAACAACUUACUUGGCAUUCUUCUUCGAUUUCGAGAACACCCCGUUGCUAUGACAGCUGAUAUAUCAAAAAUGUACAAUUCGAUUAGACUAUCGAAGAGAGACCAGCAUGUACACCGAUAUCUCUGGCGCGAUCUUCAAACAAAUGGAAACGCAAACCAUUAUGUUUUAACGGCGGUUCCGUUUGGAGAUCGACCGAGCGGGACUAUUGCGCUGACCGCACUGCAUACGAUCGCUGAGAUGUUUAGAGCCCAAUACCCUCAAGCAGUGAAUAUGAUAACAAAGAACAGCUAUGUCGAUGAUCUAGUACAGUCUGUUUCAAGCACAAAUGAAGCAUUAACCUUGGCUGCUCAGGUGCAAGACAUUCUGUCACAGGGUGGUUUCACAGUCAAACACUGGACGAUCCCGGGAGAGUUCGAAAUGACAAAUAACACUAUUGAGGUUUCGUGUCAGGAACAAGAAAAGGUCCUUGGAUUACUAUGGGAGCCAUUACCUGACAGUCUCAUAUUCGAUGUCAAAUUCAACUUCACAAAAGGUCAAGUCGAAAACAGUUCAAGUCUGGGUGAAACGAAGCACAACAUACCAACAAUAUUGACAAGGAGAAUGCUUUUGCGACAAAUAGCAACC